CACACGCGGUUUUCUCGACUGGAACGAAUGCGCGCAAUUAAAAAAAAAACUACAAUUUUAUUUUAUAUAAUAUAAUAUAAGGGUACCGCCAACUCGAGCGGGUUCGCAUAUUAUUUUAUCCUAAGACAUGCAAGUGUCGGUAGUUAACUCGGAAAUCCGUUUGCUGCGCGUCCGGGACGGAUGUCGCUUUGCUUAUCCUUUGGUUUGGAUGAAAAACAACUGUCAAUGUCCGGACUGUGCGUCGCAAGUGUCUGGAGCCAGGAAGCAAGUCAUUCGAGAAUUUAAUUUCCAUUCGGUGCCCACCGAUUACCGAAUUUCCAACGGAGACGACACGCUUUACAUAAAAUGGGAUGACGGCCAACAGAGUACUUACGGCCUACAGUGGCUCUUGGAGAGGAAUUUCAAUGACAAUAAUGAUUAUCGGCCGGACCAUCAGCAGAGAAUUAAAUGGACCGCUGAAACGUUCCCUACCAUUUUCCAGUCGUAUGAAUACGAGCACAUAAUAAAGAGGGACGAAGUUUUACUUGACUGGUUGGAUUCAUUGGCGACUUAUGGUAUCGUUAUGAUCAACAAUUCCGGACUUGACGAAAGCAGGGUCAAAGAACUGGCCGAGAGAGUAGGAUUUUUAAAACGAACGCAUUAUGGGGAAACAUUCAAGGUGGAAAAUAACUUGGACGCUACCAACUUGGCGUACAGGUCGUCUUACUUGCAACUUCACACGGAUCUGCCGUACUACGAAUACGCUCCCGGGGUGAUCAUGUUGCAUUGUAUCGUUCAGCCCGAAAGCGCCGGCGGCGAAAGCGAGGUAGUCGAUGGGCUUAACGUUUGCCAACACAUGCAGCAAAACCAUCCGGCACACUACAAAGCUCUGGCCACCAUUCCAGUGAUGUGGACCGACCGCGGUCAUGACAACGACUACAAGUUCCAUUGCGUUCAUCAUUCGCCUAUCAUUCGAGAAGAUCGACACGGUGGCGUCAAGAGGAUCAAAUUCAGCGAACACCACAGAGACUCAAAGUUUCCGGUGGUUCUAGAAGACGUACACGUUUGGUACGAGGCGGUUGAAAAAUUCGUGAAAAUGGCAUACAGCGACAAAUUGAAAUCAACUUUUAAAAUGAAACCCGGUGAUAUUUUAACAUUUGACAACCACCGUCUAUUGCACGGCAGAAAGAGUUAUGAAGGUUCCAGAUUGUUGAUCGGCGGCUAUUUGGAUUGGGAUUUGAUUAACUCAAGAAUUCGUGUUUUGAAAUCUCAAUUAAGCUCUUAGCAAAACAUUCGAUGCGCUUAUAAAAAGAUCCUUAUAAAAUAUUUUCGUUAAUAGAAAAUUAUAAUUUAAAAAAUAGUCAUGAACUUGAUAACAAAUGUCAUAAUCAUUUUUGAGGUUACCUUGCUAUUAACGUGCUUGUAUAGUAUAAAGAUAUCGUACAAACGUAAUAUACAUUUAUUUAUUUCAAUUUAUUAAA